UUCCAAGAAUGGUUUCUCGAUUCUCCUCUCGGAAUCUUUUUUACCCACCUUGCUCAAAAAGCCAAAAACAAAAAAACCGAGAAAAUUCCCCUUCCAAAUCCAUAAGUCUCCUAUUUAUAGCAAGAAUCAAACCCUAAAAAUACCCAAAUCACCGACUACCCAUCUCUUAAAAUCAGGCCGACACUCCUUGAAGCCUUGCUCAAUUGGAUCUACUCUUUCCCGGCCCCCCGGACUACAACUUGGGCCUUGAUAUGCAAGAACCGACCUCAUAUCAACAUUGAUAAGAGGUCAAAUUCGUCGAAGAACAGAAAGAAUGCAGGCUGCAGAUCAGGAACUCAUCUGGGAGUUGAACAAGUUCGGAAUUUUGAAGUUUUGCCACUAUUCGCACGUAGUUGCCACUACCAUCACCAUUCGACAGAUCAAGCCUUGUUCUCAUCGAUUCAACUAUCGACUCGCCGCCGGUGACCACGAAUUCGAAAUUAAAGAUGGAGAGAGAAAUCGAAAUGGAGAGGGGAAAUCAAAUAUGAGAAGGAUUGAGGGAGAAAGAGUGAAAGGUGAGAAUUUGGUGGAGAUGAAAGGAAUCGGAAGCCAUGGAAGACAGUGAUGAUGACCAGAGAAGGAAAGAAUAUCGCUGCCGGCGACGAAUGGUUGAAGCAGACGGAGGAGGAAUCUGUGCCGGGAGAGAGAUUGAAUAAUUCUUCUGUUUUUUUUUUUUAGCAAUAAAAUGGGUAUCUAAUGGGAGAAACGAAGAGUUUUGGGGAGUUUGGGUUGGACUUUGGAUUAAAGGAUUAUGGGCCGCUUGAGAUGGGUUUGAGGUGUAAACGGGCUGAGCUCCAAGGUCAUGAAUUUUGUAAUUUGACCUUGAAGUUUGAAUUCCUUCCAUUGAGUCCCUUUCUUGAAUUUCUCUUUUCAAUCCCUUCACAAUUUUUUUUUUUUGGUGCACGCAAAACUCGAAACGAAAUAAAAUAAAUUAGUUAAA